UUCUCUCUCUUUCUUCUUCCUUUUCUCUCUCUCUCUCUCUCCUUCCUCGUCUCUCUUUUAACUUUCAACAUCAAACUUUCACCUGCACAAAUUUGAAUUUCCUCACAAACUCUCUGCAGUUUCUCUAUCCAUGACUUAAAUUCUCUUCUGGGUUCUCGUAAAUAAACCCAUAAAAACCCACAACUCUUUUCGUUUCUCGGUAGGAUUAUGGAUCAUCUUCAUCGUAAAACGUACUGGCAGAGUGUAAAAUAGCUUAAGAUCACAUCAAGAAGAGGGAGAAAGAAAGUGAGUGGGGUCUAAUUUCAUGGCUUCUUCGAAUUCAACGCCUGCAGAACCUUCAUCUUCGGCUGAGGACACUGCAGCGAAAGCAAUGAACAAGCGAUAUGAAGGGUUGGUAAUGGUUCGAACCAAAGCUACAAAGGGAAAAGGAGCUUGGUAUUGGGCGUUUUUGGAACCAAUUCUGAUUCGGAACCCAGAUACUAAUCUUCCCAAAGCAGUGAAACUCAAGUGCUCGUUAUGCGAUGCAGUGUUCUCCGCAUCCAACCCGUCGAGAACCGCAUCGGAGCAUCUCAAACGAGGCACUUGCCCCAAUUUCAGCACCCACCUUCUACGACCAAGUUCGUCAGUUUCUCCGCUUCCGAUAUCAUCUGUAGCCUCUCCUUCUUCUCUGCAAAAUCAUAGGAAGCGAAGUUAUCAAAUGCGUAAUCCUCCUUCCUCUUCUUCUUCUCAACGCCACGUUAAUUCACUCGCCAUAGUUGAGUCCACUCGGUUUUGCGAUGAACUUGGUUACCCGCCUGCACAAAACGCGGUGAAUGACACUCGGCAACAGCAUUUGAUGUUGUCAGGUGGAAAAGAGGAUUUGGGUGCAUUGGCAAUGUUAGAAGACAGUGUUAAGAAGCUAAAGAGUCCAAAAACAUCACCUGUUUUAGCUUUAAGCAAGGAGCAGAUUGAUUCUGCAUUUGAAUUAUUGGCAGAUUGGUUUUACGAGUCAUGUGGGUCGGUCUCAUUUUCGAGUUUAGAGCAUCCAAAGUUUCGUGCCUUCCUUAACCAGGUGGGGUUACCUGCUGUUUCAAGGAGAGACUUCUUAGGUCCUCGGCUAGAUACCAAGUUUCAAGAAGCGAAAAGAGAGUCAGAAGCUAGGAUCAGAGAUGCCAUGUUCUUUCAGAUUGCCUGCGAAGGCUGGAAGAACGAGAGUCAUUGUAGCUUCCCUCGUGGAGAAGAGAAUUUGGUUAAGUUUAGUGUUAAUCUCCCGAAUGGGACUAGAGUGUACCAGAAGGCAGUGUUGACUGGAGAAUCAGUCACGUCUAAGCAUGCAGAGGAAGUUUUGUGGGAAACAGUGGUGGAGAUUUGCGGGAAUAGUGUGCAGAGAUGUGUUGGAAUAGUUGCAGAUAAGUAUAAAACUAAGGCUUUGAGGAGCUUGGAGAUUCAACAUCAUUGGAUGAUUAAUCUCUCUUGUCAGCUUCAAGGGUUUGUUACUUUGAUUAAAGAUUUCAGCAACGAGCUUCCUCUUUUCAGGACUGUCAUUGAAAAUUGCUUGAAGCUUGCAAAUUUUGUAAAUAGUAAGUCUCAGUUUAGGAAUACUUUCCUGAAGUACAAAAUGCAGGAGCUUGAACAUGGUGGGUUGAUUAGAGUACCUUCAAAUAUGUGUGCUUGCAGAAAGAACCAUGCGGCUGUUUUUGCACUGUUAGAGGAUGUAUUUAGCCUAGGCGGGGCAUUCCAAAUGGUUGUCUUGGAUGAAUCAUAUAAGGUGGUGUAUGUGGAAGAUCCAACUGCCAGGGAAGUUGCUGGGAUGAUUCAAAGCGAGGUGUUUUGGCAUGAGUUGGAGGCAGUUUAUUCACUGUUGAAGCUUAUAAGAGGGAUGGCUCAAGAAAUUGAAGCUGAAAGGCCUUUAGUGGGGCAAUGUCUUCCUCUCUGGGAGGAGUUGAGAGUUAAAGUAAAGGAGUGGUGUGCCAAAUUCAGCAUAACUGAAGUAGCUGUUGAGAAAAUAGUCGAGAAGAGAUUCAGAAAGAACUACCAUCCAGCAUGGUCAGCAGCCUUUAUACUUGAUCCAUUGCACUUAAUAAGGGAUGUGAAUGGAAAAUAUCUUCCACCAUUCAAAUACUUGACAAAUGAGCAGGAGAAGGAUGUGGAUAAGCUCAUUACCAGACUAGUUUCCGGGGAAGAAGCUCAUGUUGCAUUGAUGGAGCUAAUGAAAUGGAGGACAGAAGGGCUAGACCCGCUUUAUGCCCAGGCUGUUCAGGUUAAACAACGAGAUCCCGUGACCGGCAAAAUGAAAAUUGCAAACCCUCAGAGCAGUAGAUUAGUAUGGGAAACUUGCCUUAGUGAAUACAAGUCACUAGGGAAAGUUGCAGCUAGGCUCAUCUUCCUCCAUGCUACUUCGUGUGGUUUUAAGUGCAAUUGGUCUUUCAUGAAAUGGGUCUGUGUCCACAGACACUCACAAGUAGGCACUGAGAAGGCCCAAAAGAUGAUCUUUAUUGCAGCUCAUGCAAAGCUUGAUAGGCGAGAUUUUUCUAACGAAGAAGAAAAGGAUGCAGAACUAUUUGCCAUGACAAGUGGUGAGGAUGACAUGCUCAAUGAGGUCUUUGCUGACACCACAUCUGCAUUGGGUGUAUGGCAAACCAGACAUGAGUUACCACAUGGGUCAACCUUGGAUGAACUCAAAAACAAAUAUUUUGUUGAAGAACUUCUUGCUGAUUUAAAUCAGCUGCAUGGCCUGAGCUGUUUGGUUGUGAAAAUGUGGAUCCUCAGCGUAAACAGUGGAAAAUUUUCAGUGCUUGGUUGUCUUAUUCACAUAAAGAAAGUGAGGACCAAGAGGCCUUUGUUUAUUGGCUUUGCUAAGUUUGCAUCCCACAGCAUCCGUGUACCAGUUAGAGGUUAUCUAUGAUUGCCACAAAGUAUUGAGGAAAGCAGAAGCAAGGAGGCUUGUCGUAUGAGCAGGCACAUAAGAUGGUUGAUAGAGAUAUUGCAACGAACUUGUACUAUUUUCCAGGCUCUAUAUUUUCGGCCAACAUUGUUUAUUACAUCUCAGCAGAUAGAAACUUGGAAAUAGAGCUCAAAAAUCAAAAUUUCUAGCAGGUGAGGUGACACCAUCCAGACUGUUUAUGCAUGUUAGACAUAGUCACAUAAUAGUCCAUGAUUAUAGAAACUGCAGAAAAUAUAUAAAACGCAAGAAAGUGAAAAGCAAACAUUAUGGAAUGCAGGCCAAAAUUGAUUAUGCGGUACUUGGAUGGUCAUUACAUUAUUUUCCAGUAGUGGCACAACAGUGCAGGUUCCUUUAUACCGUCACUUCUUUAAUGUUACCCGUUUUGAUGGUAAUUUCAUUACCCUUUUUAAGACCAAACCCUAUCAUUUUCUCCUAUCAUGGGAAAUCUCAUAAAGGAAUUUCAACUUUAAACCCACCAUCUCUUCAUGCAUAGGGUUAUAUUUCUUCAUCCCACUUUUUUUAAGCAGUAAAGUCUCUUCCUUUUCCUUUUAAAGUAAAGUGUUUCUUAGGAGGCUAUUGGGUUUUUUUCUUUCUUUUUUGGGUAUAAAGUGAAAUAGAUUUAUAUCUUCACCCUUUUGAUUUGAAUGAAAUUAAUUGGUAAUACAGUAGAGUAUAGAUAUAGUGUUAAUUCUUUUUACCUCUGCUUUGUUUGUACUAAGCAAAUUUGGUGGAGAGACACAGGACCCUGUCGGCAAGACCAACUAAUGCUGACUGCUCACCAACUGGAAGAAAGCUUUUUCACUUGUAUGGUAUGGCUUCAUUGUUCACCCCACUUGUUUUUGUUAAAGCCCAUGGAAGUAUAAUGAUUAGUGUAUAGGACAGGACUUACUUUCUACAAGAAUCUUUCACACUUUCAAUAAAACCCCAUUAUUAACUUUCUUUUUUAUCAUUUAUCCUUUCCUUUUUCCACUUAUACUGCUUUUGAUUGUUUUUGAAUUUUAACACCACCCAUAUAAGAUAUAUGUAGAGGUGAUACUUGAUUCCAAAAUUAACUGGUUUUAGUCGUUGCUCAUUUCCCUUUUUCAAUAUUUUAAUAUUUGAAUCUUUGGAAUAGUUUUCAGAGCUUUACUAUUAUGAGAUAUAAUGACACUAGAAUGUCAGAAAUGAAACCUGGCUGUUUCUAAAUGAUAAUGGAAAGAAAAUUACACAAGGGUGUUAUUAUGGUGCUUCGGAGUCAUCAUUCUUUCAUUUUUUAUAUUUUAUGAUAAUCUCGUAAUUUUAUAUAAUAAUCACUCAAAUAACUACGCAAUAUUCAUUGGUUCUAUACAAAAUUACUAGAAGAUUAUAACAGAAGCAUGACAUCUUUGAGGCAGAUAAUAUGUUAAAACUAUACAGUGUGUGACUCGAGAAUCUAUUAAAUUUAAUUAGGUUUUGUGGAGACACUGUGAUUUGCAACGUUCACUUGUCCUUUUACUUGUGAGCCAAUUUGAAAAUCUUGUUUUCUGAGCAUGAUUAGCCAUGAUGUUUCUAGUUUUGCGUCUAUCUAUAUGUGUUGUAGUGGUGAUUGUUACUUGAUUUUGUUCUUUGAUUAUAUAAAUAUAUUCUAACUGUUCCUCUAGACCCACAUGUAGUUCUCUUUUUAAUGUCUUCUUUUUUUUGGCUCUGCAUCUUGUCACUCUUUAUAUAAGCAUCAGGUAAAAUGUUUCUCCCCUGGGAAAACUGGGUUGUGUUUUUACUACUUACACUUGUUAUUGUUAGCUUUUAUUUGUGAAAGCCGAGAACUAAAGAGAGACAUCUCCCGAAUAUUUAAAAGUUCCGAAGAAUAGUAUUGAUGAUAGUUUGACUGGAUGAUUGAUAUUUCGACUCAUC